UCGCUGUAGUGUGAUUUACUGCAAGCAACCUAGACCAACUCCAGACCAAUAUAAGCUAGAUUUAAUCUUUAAAAUGUAAACUUUGUGUUCUAAUAAUAUCCAAAAUGAUGACCUGAUAGUAACACUGUAAAUUUUCUUUCCUUAACAGCUGAUGAACGAUCCAGCUACAGUUUGACCACACUAGCUAUUGUCAUCAUGGCACCCAUCAUUGUUCUCAUCUUCCUCUCGGCUGUUGCUAUCCUGGUGUUCAGAAGGAUCCACCACAACCAAAUGGAGAGACUAACCUCACGAGAUGCUGAAUAUGGAACUAUUGACGGGCUUAUAGCUUCUAACGUGGGGGAGAGCACUCUGGCGGAUUUGCUGGAUCAUUCCUGCACUUCAGGAAGUGGCUCAGGACUCCCUUUCCUUGUUCAGAGAACUGUUGCACGACAAAUCACACUCAAUGAGUGUGUGGGUAAAGGGCGUUAUGGUGAAGUGUGGAGGGGCCAAUGGCAGGGAGAGAAUGUUGCAGUUAAAAUUUUCUCCUCUCGAGAUGAAAAGUCUUGGUUCAGAGAGACUGAAAUCUACAACACUGUACUGCUGAGACAUGAAAAUAUCUUGGGCUUCAUCGCUUCAGACAUGACUUCGAGGAACUCCAGCACUCAGCUGUGGCUCAUCACUCACUUUCACGAGAUGGGCUCUUUGUACGAUUACCUUCAGCUCAACACCCUCGACGCAACCAGCUGCCUCCGCAUGUCGCUCUCCAUUGCGAGUGGUCUAGCGCACUUGCAUGUCGAGAUCUUCGGUACUCAGGGCAAGCCAGCCAUUGCCCACCGAGACCUGAAGAGCAAAAACAUAUUGGUGAAAAAGAAUGGCCAGUGCAGCAUUGCUGACCUAGGUCUGGCGGUCAUGCAUUUUCAAGACACAAAUGAGUUAGAUGUGGGGAACAACCCUAAAGUUGGAACAAAGCGCUACAUGGCCCCUGAAGUGCUUGAUGACUCCAUCCAGACGGACUGCUUCGAGUCCUACAAGAGAGUGGAUAUCUGGGCCUUGGGCCUUGUCCUGUGGGAGAUUGCCAGGAGGACAGUCAGUAAUGGAAUUGUAGAGGACUACAAGCCCCCUUUUCAUGAUGUGGUCCCAAAUGAUCCCAGUUUUGAGGAUAUGAGGAAAGUUGUGUGUGUGGAUCAGCAGAGGCCCAACAUCCCAAACAGAUGGUUUUCAGACCCAACUUUAACCUCCAUGGCUAAACUCAUGAAGGAGUGCUGGUACCAGAAUCCAUCAGCCAGAUUAACAGCACUGCGCAUCAAAAAGACUCUCACAAAGAUCGACAACUCUUUGGAUAAAAUAAAAACAGACAUUUGAGGCUUCCUUGGGAAGAAGAGGCAGACAUGUACUAAGGGCCACUGAAGACAUCUGGAGGAUGGACCACCUUAGAGAAAUCUCACAAGACAAAAGACUCAAUGAUUUCAGUGCCCUUAUAGUGGCACAGACCUAUAUUUAUUUUAAAACACUUGCGGGACAUAUUUUGGCAUCCAAAGAUGGCUUACCAGGCAUUUCUGAGACUGCCAGUGGUCUAAGAAAUGGGAAAAUAUCUAUUUCAACUUUUAUCAUAGGAACUUGACCAUUAGAAAUAUUCUUCAAGGAAGAAACUUACAUGGGCAUUUGAGUAGGGUUGCUUGUUUUUAGAAGUGCAGAUUUUGUUUUUAAACAGUUUUUUUUAGCUUGAAAAAAAACGUCUGAACAUGGUCAUUUCUUUAUUGUACUGCAUUGUUCUUUUGCAUUAUGGUGGAUCCAUUUGGAAAAGAUGUCAACUUGCAAACUGAACUUGCCUAUUCCAUCAGCAUACUUUCUAAAACAGUGAACAUGUCAAGGUGUGUUAGACCUCACUUUGUGUUCUAUACCACUGUUUACAGUGCUGUUAGAACAGGUUUGUUGGGAUUAUUUUUUUCCAGUUCUGUAACAUUUAGUUGUACAGUCAUGUCAGUGGCACCAUCCUUUUUCCUGAUAUCGUCCAACUAAAGAUGCUCUGUUGCAAACCUUUUGUAUACCAUCAUUAACUUUACAUUGACUUAUGUUUAUCUUGUUUUGUUUCUUCAGCUUUACAGAGACAUAUGCUAAAUGAACAAAUACAAUAUCUGCUAGACGAUGCUGAACUCUAUUCCUCCAGAGGCCUGUAAGUAAGCCUGUAAAGCCUGUAUAUUGUCUUAACGCGUGCAUUGUUGU